UCUCAGUAUGAGUUACUUUCCCCUAUCUGCUUUUGUUUUCAGUUAGCACUUGCAUGUCGAUAUUCCAUCUAGCUGUUUCCGCCAUAAGUUUUGCUUCUGUAUUUUGUCCUAUCCAAUGAUCUUUGUGCUUCCCACCUAUCAAGCCGUGUCUUUUGGUGCAUUCUGGUGGAUUUUUUGCUAUCUUUUUGGAUGCUCACCACUAUUAGGACAUCUUGCGAAAGCUAGCGUGAUUGGUAAUAUUGUCAUGGCAUGUUGUUGAGUUUUGUUUCCGGUUGAGUCUUUACCUUUUAUAUGUAUUUUCUGUUGAUUUUUGUGAUGGAAGUUUGUCAUUCUUUAUGUCUUGAAUUUUGAUAGCCAUUGGGAUCUUUUGUAUGAUAUUCAUAGUUGAUAGACAAUACAAAUCACUGUCUUACAAUGUGAAAAUGUGGCUGUUUUUAUCAUUGAGAAUGACUACGUUUGUGGUUCAUUUCACUCUUCCAACUUUACUGAUGGUGUAAAAGGUUCUUACUAUGAAGGAAAGGCACAUGCAAGAAAUUGUUUUGAAGGCAAUGGGACAAGCAAUCAGCAAAACAGUAGCCAUCGCGGAGAUUAUUAAAAAAAGAAUACCUCGGUUGCAUCAAGAUACUGCUAUCAGCUCAGUCAGCAUAACUGAUGUGUGGGAGCCCAUCGAAGAGGGACUUGUACCUGUGGAGAUGACUCGGCAUGUCUCAAUGAUCUCAAUCACCUUGUCUACUAAGGAGCUUAACAUGAAUUCACCCGGCUACCAAGCACCCCUUCACAUGGAGCAAGCAAAGCCACAGACCCGCUACCAGCAGCUUCAACCUCAACAAAGACGGACUCAUAUGGUCGGGGAAGAGGCCGGGGUAGAGGGAGAGGGCGGAGCUGGAACAGGGGAGGAUACGGAAAUUACCAAGAUGGAUACCUUCAAGAUAAUAGUGGCCAUGCAAACUGGGACCGAGGAGGUGGCAAAGGCAGAAGCUGGGGCUACCGUGGCACUGGGUAUGAAAGGGGCAGGGGUGGAGGGGGCAGAAGCUAUGGACGUGGUAAUGGAAGGAUGGGUGGUCGAUCUAGAGGUGGCGGCUACCAGGCGUAGCCGGAGAUCAGUCUCCUCAUCUAAGUGAAUGCUUGCGUUGACCAGUGAAUUGAACUUCUAUCAGAGUUGUGUUUAUAACAGGCAAGUAACAGUGGUAUUCUGUUGUGUCCCCCCUCCCCCCCUCGCUCGCGAUAUGGAUGAGGAAGGUCUUAUUGGUCAAAGUUUUGGCUUUAAGCGUAUAGUUUUAAGUCCUUUUGGUGGAAUUCUUUUCCCACCCGUUGGUUCUUUUGGCCAACCAUUUUUCUCUGGUGUUCGCAAACACCCUUCUCCUUCUGCGCUCUCUCUAACCUCCUAUGUACAGAGCGAUGAUGGAAGAUGUUAUAUAGUUUUUGGUCUUGACAAGUGAUAAUCUGACCAUAAAAUUUCACUGAUUUCUGUAAAUGUAUGCUGCCUUUGCAGCUAAAUAUUUGUAAUCGUACCUUCCGUCCUUCCGUUGAUUUUUUGUUUCCUUUUAGAUGGAAAGGAUGUGUAGGCAUAUCCGAUUAGGCACGAGACCGAAGAACAUAAUUCAUUCUGGGUGCUUGUUUGUGUGGACUGUUGCUAUCAAAAUCGUUUAUUGAAUAAAAUACCUCACUUGCACAAAAUUGUUUAUUAAAGUGGAGAAUUCUGUUGAGCAUUGCAACGAUGCGCUGCCAUGAUCGCUCUGAGACUUGCCAUGUUGAUCAAUCGCUCCUCUUUACUUAACUCAUCUUAAUUUGCUCCUGUGAAGACAGUCCAAGAUCCAAGCCUCUCUUCUCUUCCCCCGCCAAAUCUGUUCUUCUUACCUGCCUGUUCACUCUGGUGGGAAGACGCAAGAGGAUCCUCCAUAGGUCUUGCAUUGUGGUCGUGCUUACUCGUUUCCAAAUCUUACCUUCUCUGGUUUUUUCUCGUCUUAUGAACACUUGUUAUGAGCACAUGUGCACAUAAGGCAGAAACGAGGCUAGGAACUUAGGAAAUAAAAUCAA